AGUUAUAUCACAAAAUUGAACAUUAUAAAAUGUCUCACGUGUCCCCCAGAACAACAAAUGCAAAACGGUUUAUGUAAGUGUUUAUAUACAUUAUUAGGAACUAAUUGUGUAUUAAAUCAUUGCGUUUUAUAUGAAAAUGGAAUAUGUCGACAAUGUACAGACAAGUACUUUUAUGAUGAAAUAACCAAAACAUGCAAUUCAUGUGGUAUUAAUUGUAACAAGUGUGUAAAUAGCACUUAUUGUUAUAAUUGUUUUUUCAACAAUUUAAUUAUUAAUAAUGGAGUUUGUGUGAAUUCGAAUUGUCUACUUUCCAACAGUGGGAGGUGUGUAAAAUGCGACAAAGGAUAUUAUAUUUCAAAUGGAAAUUGUGUUGUUUGUGACAUUCGUAAUUGUGAUUAUUGUUCGACUCAAACGAAAUGUUCGAUGUGCCAUGUUGGGUAUUAUUGGGACGGGUUUUCUUGUGUGAACAACAAAGGAUUUGUCAACACAAAUAACAAACUGAUAUAUUGCACAUCAGUUACAGACUAUUUGAGUGAUGGUAAAUGCAAUAAUUGUACUUCAGACAUUUACAAUUGUGAAAUGUGUAUGGAUGGAAAGUGUAUUAAAUGUCUUGAUAAUACCAUAUAUUCCAAUGGAGAGUGUGUAAUAGAAUCGUCUUGUAAUUCUAUAACAAACAGUUUAUGUCUUUGUAACUCAGAAUCGAUAUAUAAUGGGAAUGCUUGUAUUUCGAAAAGAGAAAAUUGUUCAUAUGAUAGAUUAAGUGGGUGCGAUGAAUGCAUUGAAGACCAUCAUCUUGUAUCUAACACGUGUACACCACAAGUUGAACCAAAUUGCUCUUUUCAAAUGUCAUCCACUUGCAUUUCCUGUGAUUUUGGAAUGUAUUUAGAAGAUGGUGGCAACUGUGCUGAGUGUCCAAUAGAGUGCACAUCGUGUAUAUCUAAUUCUAAGUGUAUCUCAUGUACAAAUGAUAAAUACUUACAAGAUCACACAUGUAUUUCCAGUGACGAAUUGAGUAAAGUGUGUGACAAACCUUUACUAACAGGGUCCGGGUGUGCAAUCUGUAAGAGUGGAUAUUAUAGAAGUGGUAAUGGCUGUAAUGUGUGUAACACUGGGUGUGCCACAUGUACUAAUAAUAUUAAGUGUACUACAUGUCAAAGUGAUUAUUUCAUGACUUAUGAUGAAGGAGUCUGCAAGUUAAAAAACAGUACAGUUGGAUGUGUUGAUAUUAACACUGUUUUAGGAUGCAUUUCAUGCACUUCUGGCUAUUAUUUAUAUCACAAAGAUUGUGCACCUUGCUCUGAAAAUUGUAAUCAAUGUACUUCACAAACAACAUGCCAGAUAUGUGAGUCUGAUUUCGUUUUGGUAAAUUCAAAGUGUACAUCAUUAGAAUUAGUCAAAGACUGUGUUAAAGUAUCUGAAUCCAAAUGCUCCAAAUGUACAUUUUGGCGCUCUCCAAGUAUUGAUGGAUCAUCUUGUGUUACAAAGGCGGUUUGGUGGGUGAUAUUUAUAAUAGUGUUGAUAGUUAUUUUACUAUUUAUUAUAUUACUUAUAGUAAUUGUAGUCAUCACUAAAAUGAUUCUUGACAAAUUACACAAAAAAGAAGUUGAGAAGACCACAACAAUUUUUGAAAUGAAAAAAUCGAAUAUCCACUUUGAAACCCUUCAAGGCGGCAUUUGUGUGUCCUCAAAAACAGUUGAUUUUAACUCUGAGAAUGAUGAAAUUCCAGUCAACACAGAAAGUCGUGAAGUUUUCUGUGUUGGAAAUUUGAAUGAAAAUGUUGUCAAAAUUCAAUUCACUUUAAUGUCAAACGUCGACAAAUUUACUCUUCGAGUGUCGCCCGAGUUGAUUUCACUCAAGAAAGGCUUUGCGUGUGAAUUUUCGAUGUAUUUGACGCCAUUGUGUACUUGUCAAAUUAUUAGUUCCAUUCAAAUUGUUGCCAAAAACUUGAAAACAAACGACGAAAAGUUCAAUGCAAUCAAAGUUAUUGGUGUCACUGAAAAAUCGACGCGAAUUGAUUACGACGAGUUAAAAGAAGAUAAGAAACUUGGUGAAGGCUCUUUUGGAGUUGUUUACAAAGGAACUUUCAGAGGAAAUAUUGUUGCAAUCAAAAAGAUGAAGAAUUUUUCAAAUGAUGAUAAUUCGAUUGAGGAGUUUACUAAUGAAGUUAACAUGUUGAACAAAUUUCGCAGUGAUUUUAUUGUCCAUUUCUAUGGCGCUGUUUUUAUUCCAAGUAAAGUAUGUUUAGUCACCGAAUUUGCACAAUUUGGGAGUUUAAAGGAUUUGAUGCAACAUAAAAAGAGCGAAGAAGAAUGUAUUAAUAUGCGAAUUAAAAUGUUAGUAGACUCUUCAAAAGGAAUAGCAUAUUUACAUGAAAAUGGGAUCUUACAUAGAGAUAUCAAGCCAGAUAAUAUCUUAGUUGUUUCAAUUGAUUUGAAUGAUAGUGUGAACGCAAAAUUGACAGAUUUUGGGAGUUCAAGAAAUAUCAAUUUACUGAUGACGAACAUGACAUUCACCAAAGGAAUUGGAACACCUAUUUAUAUGGCGCCUGAAAUGCUGAGAAGAGAAAAAUAUAAGAAGAGUGCUGAUGUAUAUUCAUUUGGAGUGACGAUGUAUGAAGUAGUUGGGUGGAAAGAACCAUUCAACAAAGAACAGUUCAAAUAUAGUUGGGACAUCGUUGAUUUCGUUGUGGCUGGUAAACGUUUGGAAAAGCCAAUGGAUAUGAGAGAUGAUAUAUUUAUUGUGAUUCAAGAAGCUUGGUGUGAUGAUAAAAACAAAAGGAGAAGUAUUAAUAACAUUCAAAAAAGUCUAGAAACUAUAUUAAACGUGUUAUAA